ACAGAGAGCGUAUCAAUUGCGUCUUCAUCGUCUUCCUCUCUUUUCUUUUCUUUUUGUUUCCCAGAACCUUCUCUCUCUCUCUCUCUCUCUUGGAUUGAGAUUGAAAUUGAGAUUGAAAUUGAGAUUGAAAUUGAAAUUGAAAUUCCAUUUGCAAUUGCAAUCCAAAUCGAAUUGCAUGAUUAGGUCCAAUAUGAUGAUCAUCAACUCCAUUCCCAAACCCCUCUCUUCCUUCUAAAUUCUUCCCACCAAACCUAAUUCCAUCAUGAGGCCCAUUCACCCUCCGCCUCCUUCCGCCUCUGCCAAUCGCCCCCGCCGUCGUCCUGACCUAACCCUUCCCUUGCCCCAACGUCAACCCCAAAUUGCCCUCCCCCUCCCUCUCCCCCCUUCCUUCGCCCCUACUUCCACCUCCCAACUCCUCUCCAACUCUAAACAGCAAUCCUUCAACUUGUCUGAACUCGACCGCAUGAAUAGAAUCGGCAGCGGCAGCGGCGGAACCGUCUACAAGGUCCUCCACCGCCCCACCGGCCGCCUCUUUGCCCUCAAAGUUAUCUACGGCAACCACGAAAACGACGUCCGCCGCCAGAUCUGUCGCGAAAUCGAGAUCCUGCGCGACGUCGACAAUCUCAACAUCGUCAAGUGCCAUGAUAUGUUCGAUCACGCCGGUGAGAUCCAGGUUCUUCUUGAAUACAUGGACGGCGGAUCCCUUGAAGGGACCCACAUCUCCCAUGAAGCCUCUCUAGCCGAUCUCACCCGCCAGGUUCUCUCCGGUAUCUAUUACCUCCACCGCCGUAAGAUUGUCCACCGUGAUAUCAAACCCUCCAAUCUUUUAAUCAAUUCCAAAAAACAAGUCAAGAUUGCCGAUUUCGGGGUUUCAAGAAUCUUGGCCCAAACAAUGGAUCCCUGUAAUUCUUCUGUCGGUACGAUUGCUUACAUGAGUCCUGAAAGAAUAAACACCGACCUCAAUCAUGGAAAAUACGACGGCUACGCCGGAGAUAUCUGGAGCCUCGGUGUAAGCAUAUUGGAGUUCUAUUUGGGGCGUUUUCCCUUCGCCGUUGGGAGACAGGGCGAUUGGGCUAGCCUGAUGUGUGCAAUCUGUAUGUCGCAGCCACCGGAAGCGCCGGCCACGGCAUCUCGUGAAUUUCGAGAUUUUGUCUCCUGCUGUUUGCAAAGAGAGCCCGCCAGGAGGUGGACGGCGGCGCAGUUGUUGCGGCACCCGUUCGUCACCGGGGCAGCAGGCAGCCAUGCUAGUAAUAACCAGGUGCAUCCGACCCAUCAACUACUUCCUCCACCUCCUCGUCCACAUUUUUCUUCAUCGUCUUGAUUUUUCUGGUUAUAUUGUAAUUUUGUCUUGAUUUUACUUGUGUAACAAUCUCAGAUGAUGAUGAUGAUUUUGGGGGAGGAUGAAAAAUUUGAUUUUCAGGAAAUAUCUGUGUGUUUUAGU